GCAGGGAUGUGGUUUGCAAGAGGAAGUAAAACUGUUUGUUGACAUUGUUGUAAUGUGAUAUGUGUUAUUUUGGAAUGGCUUGUGAAGCAACAGAAGCACCUCUUGUUCUAAUCCAGCAGAUUAUCUUACUCAAGAAGAAGUUUGGAAGGACGUUUAACCAAGGCAUCUUAAGUUUUUAUCAAGCAAGAGCUGAUAAUCAAAAGGAUACCAGAUUCACAAACUUAAUAGCAACAGUCAGUGGAGAAGAAUGCAAAGGAAACCGUGUUUAUUGGCAUUGCACACAAGAUACCAGUACAACUUGUGUUCCAUGCCUUGAAUCAACUUACACUGAUCACCCCAAUGGCCUUAUUCAAUGUCUUUCCUGCUCUGUGUGUGAUGCAGGUAAAGGUUUAAGAGCACGGAAGUCCUGCACACACACUGCUGAUGUACUUUGUGAACCACAGGAAGGAUUUUACUGCAUUGACAAAAAUAAAUACAGCUGUACAUUAGCAGUGAAACAUUCAGAAUGUCGUCCUGGACAAUAUAUUAAACAAGCCGAUGUAACAUUAAGGGGCUUAUAGAAAUAAAAGCAGGAACAACUUCAACUGAUGCGGAAUGUGUGAAAUCUUCCCCAGUUGGUCUUGUAAUUGGAGUUACAGUUGGUGUGCUUUUGAUGGCUGUUUUUAUGGUUUUGCUUAUAUAUUG